AUGUUGCAGAAGCUUCUGACGCCAUGCGCCUGCCGGCUAAACUUCGCCCGCGCCAUGUCUAUGCCCUCGAGGGCUGAUACGCAACCAAUGAGAUUUCAUCGGCUGGCCCCUGGCAAGGCAACUUCUUCCUUCACCGCCGACUUCGCCGCGGGGCUGACGGAGGGUGGUGAGGCAGCUCUGGUGGCCAAGCUACGGCGGCGGCAGCUCCUGUCUCCGCUGGUCCCUGCCGAGGCUGUUUUGCGGGAGUUUCCGCAAGCACAAGCGCUGCCGUCGGCCCUGGCCGUGCUUGCGGAGCACACGCUCACGGCGGCGGUGCGUGGGGCGAUGGGCAUCUGGGUGGUCCGUGAUGGCUCGGUCGUGGCCCGGACGCCGGCAGCAGAGGACGCCUCUGUUCGCAGUUUCAACUUGCGGGUGAGGCCUGGUGACCUGCUGGGCCUUUGCACGACGCUUCGAGGCGUGAGGCCAGACGCGGAACUCGCCGCCGCCGUGAAGGAAUCAAACUCGGAUGCGAUGGUGCUCAGGGUCGAGCUGAUGAGGGCGGAAGAUGCCUACGAGCCGCUGCGCAGCGACGCUCCCCACCCCUCCUGGCGCCAUGCCAUCUUCAAUGAGUACGGCACCCACGACAAGAAGCUGUGA